AUGAAAUUGAGGCAUUGCGAGCUGUGCACCGCGGCCGCCACCGUCUACUGCCCUUCCGACGCCGCUUUCCUCUGCCGGAAGUGCGACGCCGAGGUCCACGGCGCAAAUUUCCUCGUCGCCCGCCACCUCCGCCGCCCGGUCUGCCCCAGCUGCAGAAAUCCGACCGGAGAUGAAUUCUCCGGCGCCGGACUCCGUUCUCCCCGCGACACCUUCCAGUCGUGCUCCCCGGCCUCCGAAGACGGCGGAUCCGUCUCCUCCAGCUACUCCUCCGACUGCAUCUCGAGCACCACCUCACCGGCGAGAGAAUAUUCCGGUGGACGUGGAGCGCCGGCGGGGGGCGGAUCACGCGGCCGCGGAGGGGGUUUUCGCCGGGUGGUGCGGCAGGAUCGGGGUCGCCGGCGGCGGCGCGGCGGUGCGAGUGGCCUGCGAGGACUUGAGGGCCGAGUGCCUUGA